AUGAACUCCUUGAAUUUCUGCGGGACGCCCAGCAGCGGUGUGUAUCCCCUUCACGGGGUCAACUCUAUGCUGUUCGACCUGCACCACCAGAUGGCAGAGCAGUACCACGUUUACUCGGCAGCAGGCCCCACUGUGCACACACUGUCUGUGGCUGAGAGGCUGGCAGAACUGAUUCUGGAGGCUCGCUAUGGGAACCAGCAGAAGCAGCGCCGCAGCCGCACAGCGUUCACUGUGUCCCAGCUGCAGGCUCUGGAGAAAGCUUUCCAACAGACACAGUACCCAGAUGUUGGCAUGAGGGAGAGGUUGGCUGUUUGCAUCAACCUGCCUGAGGCUCGCAUUCAGGUGUGGUUCAAGAACAGGAGGGCAAAGUUUCGUAAAGGUCAGAAGUGCUCCCCACUCAUCAGAGACAACAGUCUGGAGGAGACGCCACAUCGGUGGAAGGUGGGACAGGAGGAAGUCAGGCCUGAAAACAAGCACAGCGUCAUCAUAUCAUGCACUGACAGCGACAUCCCUCCUCCUCCUCCUGUGGAUAAAAGUAGGGAUGUUUGCCCUCCGCUGGCCCCUUCAGCAGACUCUGAUAUCUCACGGGGCCCCCUCCGACUACAAUCUCCUCCACUUUUCCCUUUCAUGACAGGGGAGCGCUACAGCCACCCACCACACCAGCCUGUUGUGGGAGUGCUGUCCACGGAGCUCACCCUCCCCCCGGUGUUCUGGCCCAUCAUACAGCAGCACAGCUCCGCCCUGGGGGUUCCUCCAUCAUCAGUUACUAAAAACUGUAGCCUCUCCCUUCAGACUGCUUGUUCUAGUAAAGCUGUGCCUCACCCUCACCUGGGGCUGUAA